AGAGUAGAGUAGAUCGAGUCUUUUCAAAAUAGGGGUAACUACCCUGAACCUGCAGCCACAUUCUCCUUAGCCACACUAAGCGCCACAUGUCCACUCGGAUGUCCCUGGACCCAGGAAACAACAGCUCUCAACACUUCAACUUACAAGGACUUGAGCGGUGCCGUUAUGUGGUCAAGGUGACCUCUAUUCCCUAGUUAUAGUCGCCGGGAAAUGACUCCAAUAUCGUCAUGGAUUUCUGGUCGCGCUUAUUGAGCCCUCUCUCGUCUGGGGGCACCCGCAAGGACCUGGGACAUGAUCCUGCGAAACGACUUCACCGGUUCGAAAAGCAAUAUAGCCUCUUACUCGUGAGGACCAGCGAAGUUAGCCCAUGCCUGCGACAAGCACUAACCAGAGUAGUCUGCUUGGAGAGCAUCAUCCAACCUAUCUCGAGACAGCGACGCCGCCGAGACCCUUGAAAUCCGCCUUCAGGAACUCACCAACAUCCUAAGCGACGAGAGCCGAAGGCCGUUACCGCAUCCAUGUAUCCAAUACUGCUCGCUCAAGCAAAUCUACGUGCCCAUUGGAAAGAUCGCUACGACUUCGUACAACGAGUGGAUCAUUAAGGAGGCCGUCCUCUUCUUUGCGACCCUUAUCGAGAGCGAGGAGGAAGCGUUUGUUGAGAACCAAACCUUUUCCGCCAGCCUGACGAAUCUUCUCGUGCGAAUCACUGGCAUCAACAGCGUGCGCCUGGGCCUGGAUACCGAGUCGCGUGUCGUCGAGCUAGCAUUUAACAUCACAACCAAGAUUCGGCUGGACCCGAGUAUUCUACCAGCAUGGUUCAAGACACACCGCGGCGUAGCGCUUCAGAACAGGGAGAAGGAUGAGAACCCACGCGAUACGUUCGUUGGACGGACACAAAAGGCCGACUUCCCCCUGUUUUAUAUCCUCAUGGACUAUAUUCACCACGAGGGUAAGGUGGGCGACUUUGCGCGAACAGGUCUGCUGUACAUCAUCGAAGCUGCGUCGAGUUCAGGACCGCUGGAACAAUGGAUUGUCGAAAGUGACCUAUCAACUUUGAUGGCAACAGGUCUUGGUGCUUUGUACAGCCAACUGAGCCGCAAACUCGUCGUCGACCAUCUCCCUCAUAACCUACCCCCUAUUCUCGCCUUCUCCGAUUACGAACAUCCUACAUCUAACUACGAAGUUAUCAGCUCGUGCUCACCUGAGUUCCAAUCUCACCUUGAAACCUUCUUAUCACAUCUAUUAUUCUGGCAAGACGUCUUGAACCACUGUCGGUCUGUAGAGGUCAAGUCGACUCUGCUGGAGCAUUUCCAAGUUAUUUUCCUUCAACAGUUAUUAUACCCCUCACUGCUAGAGUCCUCUGAUAUCGACGGAGGCUCGUCUGUGGCUGUUUUGACUUAUCUUCGCCGUAUCCUGGAAUCACUCGAUCACCCUGACAUGAUCAACCUCAUCCUUCACUACCUCCUCGCACUCCCCGAUAACAUCGCUUCUGCCCGACCUGGCUCAAGCUCGUCUGCCAGCAAGGCUCGCAAGAGAAAGUCGAUGGACCUGGCCACGAUGUUGGCAGAAAGAGCAGAACCUGCUGCUACGCCCCUACUCUUCAACCUGGUUGAUCUCGUUCUCGCAUGCUUGAGAUCGCGGAAUCAACAAACAAUUCAUGUUACCUUACAACUGGUGUCAGCUAUACUUAAGAGACACCACCGAUAUGCUAUCGUCACUCUCCUAAGAACUGAUAAUGUUCCUAUUCAGAAUGCCACUAGAACAGUAGGCGCUCAAGAGCAAGAGGUCGAAUUCAUCAUGUCAUUGGCGGGAGCAAUAGGAGGUGAAGAUGACUUUGAUGAGGUCUAUCAGCUUGUCCUUCGAGAUACCAUGUCGAGGCUUGAAGCACACCCUUGCUCUCUCAAGCUCGUCGCGCCCAGGGCAUCUACGAGUAACCAAAGGCUGCCCGACAGCCUUCCCGGAGCACCCAAAGAGGUUGCAGAUCACACUCUGCGACCUGAUGACCCUCUUCUCAACUCACUACUGGAUCUCCUGGAGACAUUCUUCGUCAAUCAAGUCGAGACGAAUUUGUCCGUCACUGAGACACUUGUUGACUUGGCGGUCUGCGGUUUUAUGAAGAUCGAAGGAUGGUUGACGCGAAGUCCAAGCUCUUAUAUAUACAAUGAAGUUGAGAAACAAAGACGUAAGUCUACGGAGGACGAAGAUGUAGAGAGUGAAGACGACGAUGAUUUUGAGGAUCUGCCAUCCCCAACCCCAGAACAGAAACAGCUACAAGCCAUGGAACAAUGCCGCCAACGGCCGCAAUGGUCUCAGGCGUCUUUACCGCGUGUUUUCAACGUUCUCAGAAGACUGGAAGAGCAGGUGGCUGCCUACAGAAGGAGUAUUCCCCGAUUUGACGAGUUGGUGCAACAACGGCGCGACGCCUUCAGGACUGCGGAUGCAAUGUUACACCACGCGGGUCCUACACCCAGGCCGACCCCCAUCAGCGAAGAUCCUCCCGAUCGACCAAGCUUUGAAGAGGUAUCGCGCAACGCAUCGCCUUCCCGACCGUCGGCACUGGAAGGAUUAGCGCAUCGUCUCUUGUCCGAGUUGGGAACGCCGAGCCGUGCCAGCAGCCCGCGAGGACGCAAAGAGCUGGGCCGUAGCUCUGGAAGCGGCAACGCGACACCUGGAAGGUCUGUGCUUAGUUCCAAGGAAGCGUCUCAUAGCAGGGGGCGAGGCACUCCUGGACGUAGCCACUCUCCUCCAAGGACGCUCGAUACCAUCGAUUCAGCGCAGAAGGCCAGGGAAGAAGCGCUUGCUCGACAGAUGGCGGAAUUUGCGGCUAUGGACCAAACUAUCCUCUCUAAGAAGGUGGGAUUGCCAGAUGUCAAGGUUGAGCCUAUUCCCCUCAAGUUUGACAAGAGGCCAAUGCCCGAACCUAUGGAGACCGAAGUUACGGAGGAGGAACAUGCUGAGCAGGCCCCCUCUGAAGCUGAUGAGGACCAGUUUGAGGAUACCGUGACUGAUCUUACUGAGCAAUUACCUGUGGAGGUGAAGGAUGAGGAUGAUGCGAAGACGGAAGAUACGGAGACUGAUCUCUCUGACGCCGAAACUGCGCCUGAAAUUGCCGAACCGAUGGAACCGGUUGAGUCAGAGGCGGAGGAUUCGGCAAAUGUUGAUGCCGAAGAAGGUGAACCUGCUAAGGAAGUGGAAGUCAACGAAAUCGAGGCCAAGGACCUGAAGGUUGAUGAACCUGAGCCUAGUGAGUCUGAGUAUCACGACACCGAGACCAAGGAAGACGAACCAGAGGAACACAAGAUUGCGACACCCCAACGAGAGACUCGAAAUCUGGAUACACCAGAACCCGAAACUCCUCAACCCAGAGAAGCAAGGGAGAACACAACAACUGUUUCAGUGUCGCACGUUGUAACCAACGUUAUCAUCCUACAAUCGUUUCUCUUCGAGCUGGCUGCCCUUAUUCAAGUCAGAGCAGGUCUAUUUGAUGAGGUGCGGUUCGUAUAGCGUGGAAUUUGGACGGGAGAUGCAUUCGAUUGAAAGAACUUUCUCACGAUUCAUGAGAGAUGGCAUGGGUACUUUACUUAUAGAUGGGAGAGGGAUUAUUCUUAUAUUAUAGAUACCAUGAUCGCAGCUUUGUGUCUGGUUAAACGUGACAUUUGGGGGGUUGUGGAUCGUAACUUCGUGUAUUCAUGUGAACCCAACGCCGGCUAUAUGUAUAUAUCUAUGCAAUGUAAUAAUUAAUUUCAUGUCAUCGUUUCAUCCCAUUCUAUCCAUCGUCUUAUGACUCCAUCGACGGCCUUGAUUCCUUCUCUCGUGGCCUCCACCUCAAACCACUCGCGAUGCUCUCUCCCACAAGCAUCACAUUUCUCUGCAUCUUUCUUGAGACCCAUGCCCGCUAGUUCGAUGUGAACUAAGCGCUCUACUCGGUGCACAUGCUGCGUCAUAUGGGGAACUACACCAGAUGACUCCUGUGACCCAGGGAGAUAUGGGUAGUAUCGCAGAAUCUCAACUUCAUGACCACACUGACGCUGCCAUUGAUUCAAACGACGCUGAACAUUUGCUGCGCGGCCGAUCUUGAGAAGCAUGGUGUUCUUUGAUGUUGAUGGAUCAGCGGCCGCGAAGCUUGAAACAGCGUUACUAGCACUUCGAGAUCGCGGUGGCCGAUUCGGUGAAGGUGGUGAAAGAAGCGAACGCGCUGCGUCAACGGGCGCAGAAGACGACUGAGAUGUAGGUGUGAGCCAGAACAUGUAUAUGAAACCAGGUUCUUCUGAAGCGCCUAAGGGACGUGCUAGUUCGGACAUAAGCGCCGAGGCGGUCUGGGCGUCUACAGAGUCGGGAAUGAAGUCUUUUAUCUGCGCUGUCUGCGAGGCUGUGGACUUUCGCGAGCGUCGAGAGUUUUUGGCGGAAGAUGUGUUUUGCGAUGCGGUGAGAUGUUGUUUUGAAGUGCGCUUUGGCGGUACCGAGGCCGAUGUUUUCUGGACUGGACGAGGUUGCGGUCGUGAAGGCCGAGACUCCUGGACAUCUUGGAGAGGUACUGAGAAACAGCAACACAUAAGAGACUGCUUCGGCUGCGGUUUCGGUCUCGGCGCGGUCUGCUUUCGCCCAUCUGUAUCCCUUCUAUACUUCUUCUUCUCCUGCAAAUCCACCAACCCCAACCUAUCCGCAAGUGUAUCCAAACUCGUGCGGCCUUCCAAAAUCGGCGUCGAAGUAGCUCUAGGCCCCGGACUCGAAUGCGCCGACAUAUUCGCCUGCUCUCGAUGCUGCCAGCAGUAGAGACUCUCAUCACGAGGGUCGGGAGUAACAGGUCUUCCGCGCUUAUCAGUCUUGGGCGCCGUCUGUUGAACGGCGCGGCGGCAUGGGCGGCCGUUGGAGGUCAGUCCACGACAUGUUCCGUUUGUGGCUUUUGAGUCAGAGCGGUUGAGGUAGGACUCGGGGGUGUUUGCGACAAAGGGCAUUGUUUUGUUGAAAAGGCGGUGGGUUAGAGAUAAAAGGAAUGACGAGAGGAACAAAGAGAGUCUGUUGGUUAUGGGCGGUUUAUUUAAACGAGGGAGGGAAUUGGUCUGUGAAACAGGGAAGGAGAGACCCUGAUUAGGAGUUGGAAAAUGAACUGGGGUUUCUUGUUUUUGGACAUCUUGGCUUGGCUGAAGUGGUUGAUAUUAGACUGUUAGUGGU